UUUCAUGCAUUCGACGUCAGUCUGGUAAGAUAUUCAUUUUGCUCCAGUGAAACCGAUAAAUCAAAUUUAGAAUGUGUUAUUUUUAGCUGUAAGAGUUAUUUUGUUAAAAAUGUCAGAAGUUAACGAAGAAGCUAAAUGUGCAUUGUGUCAAAAAAUUGCUAAUCAAAUAUGCAGUGCUUGUCAUAAUGUGUUUUAUUGUUCAAAAGAGCACCAAAAGUCUCACUGGAAGAAACAUAAAGAGCAUUGUCAAGCAUUUAAAAUUUCCUCUGAUGAAGCUAUGGGUCGAUUCUUAGAAGCAUCAAAUGACAUAAAGGAAAAUAUAGUAAUUCUGAAAGAAAAACCUUUAGUUAUAGGACCUGCUCAAGAAACUAUUCCAGUUUGCUUGGGAUGUUACCAAGAAAUCGAUUCAGGAUGCUACAAAUCAUGUUCAAAAUGCAAAUGGCCCAUGUGUAGUGUAAAGUGUGAAGAAAGCGUAUUCCAUGCCCCUGAGUGUUUUUUUAUUAGUAGAAGUAAAUCAGAGUUUCUUAUUAAUAAUUUUGAGAAUACCAACCACUUUUAUCAAAUUAUUAUUAUACUGAGAUGCCUCUAUCAAAAGAAACACAACCCAGAAGUAUGGCAGAAGAUAACAAAUUUGGAAUCUCAUAAUGAGGAAAGAAAAUCGACGAACAAAUAUAAUCAAGAAAAAUUGAUGGUUACCGAGAUUUUAUACAAACUUUUGAAGUUAGAAAGCGAGUUUAGUGUUGAGGAGAUUUUGAACAUAUGUGGCAUUAUAUUGGUAAAUUCUCAUGAGGUUCCUCUUUCAGAACCUCCCUAUAUAGCAAUAUAUGAAAAAACAUCAAUGCUAGAACACAAUUGCAGAUCAAAUUGUUCAAAAAGUUUCUCAAAAAAUGGCGAAAUCCUUAUAACAUCCGGCUUAGGCAUAAAGAAGGGGGACCACCUAAGUAUAUGCUAUGCUGACCCUUUAUGGGGCACAAUGAAAAGGCGAGCUUUUUUGAAGGAGACGAAGUUUUUCUCUUGUUGUUGCCCUAGAUGUUCUGAUGCUACUGAAUUUCAGACGUACUUCAGUUCUUUUAGCUGUCAAAAAGGCUCUUGUGAAGGCAAAUUGCUACCAAAAUCCUUUCUGCAAACUACGGAAAACCUGUGGAGAUGUAACAAAUGCGACUAUUCCGUCGAAAAUACCCUCGUAAGCACAUUGACCGAAAAAUUGGAAAAUGAGAUUACUUAUCUAAAUAAAAACAAUAUAUUUUCAUGCAAGAAUUUCCUAAAAAAGUUAAGAAAAAUUUUGCCAGCUAAUAAUUUUUUAUUAGUCGAAGUAAAGUUGGCUUUAUGUCAACUAAUUGGUCAGCUAACAGCAAACGGAUUAGCUGAUGUAUGCGAUGAAGAUUUAGCACUUAAAAGGUUGCUUUGUAUGGAGCUGAUUCAGCUUACAAACACAUUAAUACCAAGUGAGAGGCGUGUAAGAGGCUUACUUUUAUUUGAAAAACAUGCCUGCUUAGUAGAAAUUGCAACAAGAAUGGCCAAAAAAUAUGGCGAUGUUGAAUCUAUGGCUAUACAAAAGCUACUACAGGAAUCCAGAAGUUACGUUAAGCAGGCAAUAGAGCAACUGAAGUUCGAGCCAAAUAUUUUACCAGAAGGAAAGAUUUGUGCCCAAGCACGUAAAAAUUUGGAAGAUUUAAAUAGUUUACUACAGUAAAAUUUGAUUGCUAUAAUAUAUUGUUACAAAACUGCACCAUCAGCAAUAUGUAAUAAAAGUUUGUUUACUGAA